GAAAAAGAUCCGACUCAACAGAAAGAUUCAUUACGCUGUUUCAGAGCAAGAGGGGCUUCACGGGGCGAAAUAGGCGGCAUAUAAUGGAAAGUGAACAGGUUGGGGUGUUCGCCCUCUAAGUAGAGGAUCGUCCGAUUUAAUUCGACAUUAUUUAAUGGAGUUAAAGUCCAGGGUGUGUGACUGACGCGUCCGUACAGAUGCUGGCGGCUCCGGUCGCGCCGGGGGAAGGAGAGGUUUUAGCAUCGUUAGAUUUGUUGUUAUUAUAAUCAGCUGACCGGGGCUGAAAUCGCUCCGUUCGCUGUUUUCUAGAAAGCGGCUAUGAGCGCUUGUCAGGACAAAACGUCGUUGAGUUGUUCGCAAAGCAGGGGAAGUGUCGAUGAAUGGGGGAGGAUGGAGGAUGCGUGCGCGUCCUGCUUUGUCGAACCUACGGGCGACGCGAUACUCGCCGGGAUGGACGCGGUGCAGUCGGGCAUAGACGGACAUCUGCCGCUGCCCCGAGGCCCACGAGGACUGGUGCUCGGCCUGGUGGACGAGGGCUUCGCCGCCUAUCACGGCCGUCUUGGUUCUGACCCGGACUCAAAUUAUCUCGACAUCCCCGUAGACCCGAACUACACCGAAAGUGACGGGAACGUCGUCACGAAAAAGCGCAGCCGCUCCAACAGCUCGCGGCACCGCGGGGAAGUUGUCACGGAGCUCGGACCCGAGGAGGUGCGCUGGUUCUACAAAGAGGACAAGAGGACCUGGAAACCGUUUGUUGGACACGAUUCUCUGAAAAUCGAGUUGGCGUAUCGCAAAUUCUGCGAACUUAAUCCGACCGAGGUCAGGCGGAGGGAUGCGGGUGAAGAGGCAGAGGAUUUAUUCGAGUCACCGUCAGGAUGCGAAGCACCGGAGGUCCGGAGACAGUCGGUACCCGAGAGCGCGGAGGCUGGAGGCUCCACGGAAGAGACGGAGCUGGAUUCAGAGAGCAUCAAUGUGGAUGCAGUGUGCGUCCGUGGAGGACUCUACGAGGUGGACAUCAAAAAGAAGGACUGUUAUCCUGUAUACUGGAACCAACAGGACCACAUCCCGGUCAUGAGAGGCCAGUGGUUCACGGAUGGGACCUGGCUGCCCCUGGAGGAAGAGGACAGUGACCUCAUUGAACUGGAGCAUCUCGCCCGUUUCCGAGGCCAGCAGAUGAAAGACACCUUUGACACGGAAGUGGUGCCCAUUACAGUGGACACCAAAGAUGCCAUUCACAGUCUGAAACUGAGCCGGAGCCACGUGGAUUGGCACAGCGUGGAUGAAGUGUACCUUUACAGCGACGCUACCACUUCAAAGAUCGCACGGACUGUUACUCAGAAACUGGGAUUCUCCAAAGCGUCCAGCAGCGGGACCCGCCUCCAUCGAGGUUACGUGGAGGAGGCGGCUCUAGAGGACACGCCUCCUGAAACAACGCACAUAGUCUUUGUGGUACAUGGGAUUGGCCAGAAGAUGGAUCAGGGGCGCAUUAUUAGAAAUACAAGCAUGAUGCGUGAUGCUGCCCGCAAGAUGGAGGAGAAGCAUUUUUCGGACCGAACAAAUGAACACGUUGAGUUCCUUCCUGUGGAAUGGCGAUCUAAACUCGCCCUGGAUGGAGACACCGUGGACUCCAUUACUCCAGACAAAGUGCGAGGUCUGAGAGACAUGCUGAACAGCAGUGCGAUGGACAUCAUGUACUACACGAGCCCUUUGUACAGGGAUGAGAUCACCCGGGGAUUAACCAAAGAGUUGAACCGACUCUACACGCUCUUUUGUGAGCGCAACCCAGAAUUUGCAGAGAAUGGAAAGGUGUCCAUCGUCUCCCACUCGCUCGGCUGUGUCAUCACCUUUGACAUCAUGACCGGGUGGGACCCUGUGCGCUUUGUUCACGAAGAGGUGCCAGAUGCUAUGGAGGCUGAUGUUAGCAGACAAGAGCAUCAGCUACUGGAAGAUCUUCGAAACACCUGCUUAAGAAUGAGGGAUUUGGAAGAUACGCUUCGGCAUUUACAAACCUCAUCCUCAAGACCCUUUCCCGCUCUGAAAUUCAAGGUGGAGAACUUCUUCUGCAUGGGAUCUCCUCUGGCUGUGUUUUUGGCUUUGCGAGGGGUCCGUCCUGGAAGCAACAGAACGCAGGACCACUUCCUCCCCAAAUCCAUCUGCCAGAGGCUUUUCAACAUCUUUCAUCCCACGGAUCCCGUAGCAUACAGGUUGGAGCCUCUCAUCCUGAAGCAUUAUAGCAAUAUAUCACCUGUCCAAAUUCACUGGUACAACACCAACAGCCCCACACCGUAUGACCAGAUCCGUCCCACUCUACUGAAUCCGUCAAAGGAAAGUGCUUCUGUGUCCGAUACGGAGAGCCUUCCGAGCCCCUGCACCUCCCCUCCGCAGCCCCGCAGACACUACGGCGAGUCUUUCACCAGCCUGGGCAAGGCCAGCAUAAUGGGAGCGGCAAGUAUAGGUAAAGGCAUUGGCGGUAUCCUGUUCUCCAGGUUUUCCCGCUCUAGUGGACAGGUGGGUGGUGUGGAGGAGGAGCCAUCAGACUCUGAAGGCGGGGCUUGUGAGAAAGGGGAAGAGUGUCGGCCUCUGGAGUUAGACGAUAUACUGGAGGAGAAGACCGAGGAGAAAACUGAGGAGAAGACAGGAGACACCAGCAUGUCACAAUCAGCCUCUACCAUUAUGGAUAACUCGUCCUUGGAGCUUGAGAAACGCAUCGACUUUGAGCUGAGGGAGGGUCUGGUGGAGAGCCGCUACUGGUCAGCGGUGACGUCACACACAGCCUAUUGGUGCUCCCACGAUGUGGCUCUGUUUCUGCUAACAUUCAUGUACAGGCCAAACGAAGCCAAUGACCUGCCAGAGGACAACCCUGAAUCAUAACAAACACAUGUGAACUCUGACACAGCAUCACCUUUGAUCGCUCCCUUAAUAUAGUUUAGCAGACCUUGUUCACUGUGCAUCAGAGAUCCUGUCCUUGCCUUGUUUUCCCUCCAUUUAGAAGCACAUCCAUGGAAGAGACUAACUCUCUCCACUUCAUCCUCCGAUUAAGCCUGUUCUUAACCUCGAUGACAUAGAUGGUGGUUAUGAUCCUGCUUGUUGCAGCUUUGAUGAUUCCCCAAGCGGCGGUCGCUUCAUAUCGACUGGUGUGUAUUGACAGUGUUGUGGUUGUAUGACUGACAAAGAUCUGCUGACUUGGAGGUUCGCCUUCAGAAGGGUUUUUUUGAAAAGUACAUUAGCUGUGUUUUCUUGCCUAAAAAAAAAGGUUUUGAAGAAUUUUACAAAUGUAGCAUAAAUAUUAUAGGUUUAUUUUAUUUAGAUGAUAAAACGAUCUGUCUCACUUCUGAAAGUGGCCAAAUGUUGAGUAGUUAAUUCGAAGAGAAUAGCCAUUAGUAAACGUGAUUCAGGCAAAAAUAUAAAUUCUGUUAUUAUUUAUUCAACCUUAUGUUGUUCCAAAUUCCUGUGAUUUUUCUUACGUCAAAAGGAGAUAUUUUGAAGAACUGUACUAGUUUUCUUUCUCCGUGUCAAUAUCAGUAUUAUUUUAGUUUAAUUCAUAUGCUAUUAGUUUAUAUUAAUAUUUUGAAUUUGUUUUUUUGUUUUCAUUUUAAUUUUAUUUCAAGUUUUAUUUAAUUGUGUGUGUGCGUGUGUUUUGU